AUGAGGCAAAGAAUCACCUUCCUGCACAGGCCAGAGGAUGCCCUCGACCCGGCUUCCUUGGCCGUCACAGCCUCCAGCCUGACAGGCCCAGCCUUGCAUGCUGCUCGCGAGGACCGUAUCACCCUUGCCCUGGAGGAGCUGCCCGAGGAGCUGCGCCAGGUCCUGCAGAGCUGCCACGAGCUUCACAUCAGGUGGAUCAGCUCCCAUCCCUACGAGACCAUCAGCCCGCUCUGUUCCCGCCUGUCGCCUGGUCUUCACGUCUUCUUCACCCCGCGGGCAGACUCGACUUUCCAGGACGAUGGCCAGCUGUGUGCGGCACUCCAGACAGCAUUUGGCAACUUGGACUGUGACACACCAAAGGCCUCAUUCACCUCACUCCCAAAUGACCGUUUCUCUCACUCCACCGCUUUCCAGUACUACCAGCCCCUAGAAGACCUGUCGACUUUCACCAAAUAUGUCAGCAAGGAUCUCUGCCCCUUACCAGCAUCGGCGUCUUCAACCACCGAGAGGUCACCAUGCGAAUCCCGUGCUGAGCUGCUAUCCACCGCCAGCUAUCUUGACAUAUCCUGGGACACCAUCUCUCACGCCCUCAGGGUGACCGGGACAUGGGGUUUCCAGGAACAACCCCUGCGCGUGGUAACCCCUGAGGCCAGCAACCACCGCAUCGAGGUCGGAAUCCUCGCCACGGACAAGCCACACGGCAUAGAGCCGCACGAGCUGGGCCUCUCGGGCUCGCUGACCGUCCUCGGCCAGGACAAGAAGCCCGCAGCCACCAUCUUCAAGUUCCCCGCCCGCCACCGCCACGUCGAUGGCGCCUCCUUCUCCGCCGCCUUCCAGGAGCCCGCCGGCCUGCACCCCACGCUACGGCUGCGGCUCCACGGCGCCGCCGCCGUCACGCCGCCGAACCUGGGCCAGGACGACGGCUCCGCCUGCUCGCUGCUCGCCCACCUGACCCUGCCGCGUGCCGUCUUCGCCGACAAGUACCAGCUGUCCGACCCGCUGUUCCUCGGCUCCAAGAACCUGACCGCCCUGCGCUACAUCUCGCAGCCCGUCGACCUCGAGGCGCCCGACUACGCAGUCAAGCUGUGGGGCUCGGCCGCGCUGCUGGAGCUGGCGCCGCCAUCGGAGCCGGAGUCGUCCUGGACGGCAGAGGUGCCGCUGCACCUCCGCUACCUCAGCCCCGCGCCCGGCGGGUACCGCACGGCGCGGGUGCCGCACCCGGCCGUGUUCUGGGCCUGCACCACCGAGGAGGGCACCAAGUUCCCAGCGAGCCCGUUCGAGCGCGUCAACCUGGGCUACGACGGGCUGUUCGGCCCGCGGACCGUCUUCUGGCACGUCGAUCCGGCGCCGGGCGAGGCGGGCGGGUCGCUGUUCAGCGAGGUCCGCGUGCCGGUGUUGGACGUGGACCGGUCUGGCUGGGUCAGCGCCGGCACGGCGGCCGUGGUCCUGCUCGGGUUCGGCUGGAUCGCCUGGAAGCUUCUCGCGGUCUACCUGAGGACGGGGUAUGGGCCUCAGGAGCAGAUGAAGGCGCUGGAGAAGAAGGAGCAGUAA